AUGUCGGCUACUUCACUUUCUACAGAGCCUGAAUUCGCCGCUUGCGGAGAGCAUGCAUCCUUUGUAGUUUACGGGCCCGGCCGCAGCGAAACAUCUUCGCUGUUCGGAGGCACUGGAUCGGGUGCCCAAGACGGAAUCUUGUUUUUGGCUGUUGAAGAUUUGUUCUCGAAACUCUUGCUGAAGCAGCUCUCUGGAUUGCGAGGUCCGAUAGCUGCCGAGGCAUACAGGGCGUCAAUGCGGCGCAUUCUUUGCCACUUCAGGCGAGCGUCGAAGGGGUGCUUCCCGUUCUAUUAUCCUCAGCAGAAGAGGGUCACCAAAGACGCACAGUGCGUAACUGGGCGGCUCACGUUCCUCGACAUCGGCGCCAACAGUGCCAGUGUUGUCAAACGUCACGGGAGUUGCCUGGAAGCGGAUCGAGGAGCUGUGUCUCCUCCUGACGCACUUGCGCGUGCGAUAUUUCGAGCUGUAGUGGAUUCUGAUCCUGCACAUUCUCCUCGGUUGCCGCGAGAGCCUCGCGGAAACGCCAAGUUCGCUCGCAUCAUUCAAAACAUUCUUGAGGUAUCUUCACUUACGAGUCUGUUGGUCUGCAUCAACCCUACUCCCGGGGGCUAUGAGGCAGCACAACAGGCGUGCGACGAGCUAACGCAAGAGAUGUUUGAGGCCAAAGAAGCGGCGAAGAACAGGGUAGGCGGCACACAGCGAUCAUCGCAGGCUCCGCAACAUCUGUUUCCCAUGGCAAACGCGACCGAAAUAAGAUUAGAGAGAGAGCUGAUCACGACUUGCACACGCACAGGGAGGCGUUCGAAAGAGCUGAAAACCGAUUAA